AUGGAUGCGAAUUCGUGCAACAACCUGUUGGUUGCCGCUUCAACACCUGCCGAGGUGGCUGAGCGUCACCGAGUACGUAUGAGGUAUGCAGGCGACAGCGAAAUGCCGGAAACGACGGGAGAGCGAAAAAUCAAGGUUUUGGCGCUAGCCACGCAUCGUGCAUCUGCAGAACUUGGGCAUCCUCACAUUAACUCCGUUCGGCACUCCAUCACACUAUUAUUGGACCCAUCCGCACGCUACCAAGACACGCCAACGGACCCCAUCGAUUACGGCUACUUUAACGCCCGAAUACGCAAUUACUACCCUGCAUAUCUUGCAUUUGCUGGCUACAUCAUCGGGCAUUCACAACCCUCCGGCGCAUAUAUUACGAAGUCUGCCCUCGGCUUCAGGACUUGCUCAAGCUCAGCACAUUCCAAAGUCUCUCAGUCACAAGUCGCACAUCUACAACUCAAGAAUAUCACAACCAACACACUCGACAACUCCCAACCACACCAAGCCACAAUGUUCUCUUGCGCCAACUACGAGCGAGGAUGCCGGGGUCGCUGCAACUCCAUGAACGGACGAUGCGACAGCUGCCACACACUCAACCUCCAAGUCCGCAGCAACAGCGCCUCGUCCACAUCUUCAACCAACGGUCUACCAUCAGCUGCCUACUCAGCAAUGACCAACUCAUUCGCAUCGCUGUCACAACUCAACUCGGCCUCAUCGUCGACAAGGGCGCAAUAACCGCCGGGCACUAGGCGUUCGCCCUCAUGACAUUCGACGAAUCAUUCAAAUAUCAGCGACUUAGCGGCACAGUGUGCAGGCAACACUCUUCAGCUUCGACUUUGCGAUUUGGGAUAUUUUAUUGGAGCACAUCGGUUUAGCAUUUACACGGAGCCAUCUUUUCUUUCAGUUGUAUGAUAUACCAUUUUCAUUUUUCAUCUCUUUGAAGGACCACUGCAGGCGUUUGGCAGGGCAUGCAAGAGGCGGAGCGCUAGGCAGAGUUUCCCUCGGAGGACUUGACAAACUCCCACCACCACAACAAUCAAACCCAAAUUACCUCACUUGCAUCUCCUCAUGCACUCGUGAUUCUUUCCAUGCAAAGAGCACCCUGUCGGCAUCACACCUGCCACAAUACGUAAGACAAGACUUUCUCCUAGCCCCACAGUCCUGUCUAGAUCUCACCCUCAUCCGUCCGCCCAUCACGCAAAAACC